UUUGAUGUCAACUUUUAUUUUAUUUAUUUAUUUAUUUAUUUUUGGUUGUUAAUUGCACUUGUAUUUAAAGCCAUAUCCAGGAUGUGUUGGCUAAUAUAAUUGCUGUGUAAUGGGCAGCUUCUUAGUGUUUCUGCAGAGAAACCUCACAGGAUCUUGAGGUGUCUCUUUUAAUUGCAUCUCUGGUUAGGAUCCAAAGACGUUUCCACAGUACGGGUAAAUAAGUAACACCACUGCUCAGCACUGAAGCCAAGUUGAUGGAGAGUCACACUUUCACCUUCCUUCCCCACAACCCCCAUUAUAACCUUCCCACGACUGCUACUCAGCCAUGAAAGUGCCAUUACACUAAUUACUCCUCCUGCCACGCAGAGUCGGGAAGAGAAAGGGCGUGAGCAUGUUUUACCUGACCGGUGAAUUUCGGAGGGAUUAUUUGGAAAUGGAGCAAGUUUUCAUUGGGAGCCGGAGGAAGACACAACUGAGAUUGGAAUGUUUGAAAAUGCAGUGGAUAUUGAUUAUGUCCGAUCUUGCUGCAGUCUAUCUUUCUCUUCCUUCUCGCGCAGAUCUCUUCAUUGCCCGGUGUUGGACCUGCAGGCUGCCAGCAGGAGGGGUGCAGGGAGGGGUGAUAGAUAAAUAAAUAACCCAAUAAAGGAUGCAUUGAGAGGGUGUGUGCGUAGCCAAGAGAAGAGGGUGCCUGCUCAAACAGUCCCAAGUCUUGUUGAAGGUUGUCUGUACUGCAGAGCAGGGGGAAAAGCACAGAGGAGGGACCUUGAAGGAUUUCGGGCUGCACUGCAGAACGAUGCCACUGCAGUACAGCACUGACACUGAGGCAUGAGGUCCACCGGUGGACCCCAAGCCUCCUCGCACCAGGUGAGAACUUAAUUCACAGCUGAUAUCAGAGGCCUUCAUGCCUCGGGAAGAGAGGGAGCGAGAGACACAAAAAGAAGGGGAGGGAAGCAGAGGAGGAGGAGGGUAAUGGUGCUGUAUUUUUGGAAAAGGGAUCUCCUGAAUUAAGUGUGGCUGGAAUAAAGAUGUAGUGUGAGCAGGAGGCUGAACAAGGACGGUGCUGUGCUCCACUGUGGUGGAGAGGAGCGGAGCAGACACCUGGCAGACACACACUCGCACACACACCAGCUCAGAGAGACUGAGAGAGAAAGAGAGAGCCCACCGUCACAGCUUGCGGGCUGGGAAGCUAUUCAUCUCACUUCCUCUCACCUGCUGCCCUCCCUCUUCGGUCCUGGUGAUUCCCAGCCCCCUUCAUUUCUUUCCCACCUCCUCCCUUUGUCAGUGUCCUGUCCUGCAUCCAAAGUCCUCAUUCUAUCUGGACCACACCUGAGAAUACAGACUAUCUCAGGGCAAGAGGCUUCGGCUGCUCACCCCCAUACCUGCAAUGCACCUGUGAUUCAUACAGCACUUCUGGAUCAUGUCUGCUUCUGUCAGGGAUGAGAACACAUGAUUACCCAUGAUCAUCCCCAGCAUUACUCGCAAGAGAAACAGACCUGAGAACAACGCCCUGCAGCUUAUGGAAUUAAAUAGAUUUAUUAAAGGCAUAACUAAAGAUCUGAGAUAAUUGGGCUCACAUGGGCUGAUCUCCACCUGUGAAUAUUUCAUCAUGACAACAAUGCCCUCUCGCUUUGGCACUGCGUUGCGGAUCUUCAUCACCACCCUAUUUGCGGCAGUGGUGCUUUUUGCCAUCCUAUUGGCUUAUGUGACAGGUUACCAGUUCAUCCACACCGAGCAGCACCACCUGUCUUUUGGCUUGUACGGUGCCUUUCUGUCCCUCCACCUCCUCCUGCAGAGCCUCUUCGCCUACCUGGAGCACCGGCAAAUGCGUGGCCCCUCCAGACCCCAGCAUCUGCGGCGCACCGUGGCCCUCUGCAUCGCAGCCUAUCAGGAGGAUCCGGACUACCUUCGCAAAUGUCUUCGGAGCAUCCGCCGCAUUUCUUUUCCCGGGCUUAAAGUAGUGCUGGUGGUGGAUGGGAAUCGGCAGGAGGAUGGCUACAUGAUGGACAUCUUCCAGGAGGUGAUGGGGGGAGUGGAGCAGACAGGCUGUGUGGUAUGGAAGGGGAAUUACCAUUGCGACGGGGAUGGGGGAGGAGGGAAAGGCUCAUUGCAUGCCGAAGAGGCUGCACGGGUGGCCAGGGUGGUGCGAAGCUGCCGUUAUUCCUGCAUCAUGCAAGAGUGGGGCGGCAAGAGGGAGGUCAUGUAUACAGCCUUCAAAGCACUGGGAGAUACUGUGGAUUACAUACAGGUAUGUGAUUCAGACACUGUACUUGAUCCAGCAUGCACCAUUGAGAUGCUGAAGGUUCUAGAGGAAGAUCCGGAAGUGGGUGGAGUCGGAGGAGAUGUUCAGAUUCUGAACAAGUAUGACUCCUGGAUCUCCUUCCUGAGCAGUGUCCGUUACUGGAUGGCUUUCAACGUGGAGCGGGCCUGUCAGUCUUACUUCGGAUGUGUGCAGUGCAUCAGUGGACCUCUGGGAAUGUACCGCAACUCUCUUCUCCAGCAAUUCCUGGAGCCCUGGUACCACCAGACCUUUCUAGGAAGCAAGUGCAGCUUUGGAGAUGACCGGCACCUCACCAACCGCGUCCUCAGCUUCGGCUACAAAACCAAGUUCACGGCACGCUCACAAUGCCAAACCGAGACCCCCACGCAAUAUCUGCGCUGGCUCAACCAGCAGACACGCUGGAGCAAGUCUUACUUUCGAGAGUGGCUCUACAACGCCCUUUGGUUCCACAAGCACAGCCUCUGGAUGACCUAUGAAUCUGUGGUCACCGGGUUCUUCCCCUUCUUUCUGGUGGCUACAGUCAUCCACCUGUUCUACCGAGGCCGGUUGUGGAACAUUUUGCUCUUCUUGCUAACAGUCCAGCUGGUGGGCAUGGUGAAAGCCACCUAUGCCUGCUUCCUGCGGGGUAGGCUUGUCAUGAUCUUCAUGUCACUGUAUUCACUACUCUACAUGUCAAGCCUGCUGCCUGCUAAGAUCUUUGCCCUGUUCACUAUUAACAAGGCAGGUUGGGGAACAUCAGGCAGGAAAAAGAUAGUGGUAAACCUUAUUGGGGCUGUGCCUGUGACUGUGUGGGCAGCCAUACUGCUCGGUGGCAUGGUUUACACCAUUUACUGUGAGGUCCAAGAGCCCUUUAGUGAGAGAGAAAAGGCUCUUCUCAUUGCAGGUACCAUCCUCUAUGCCUGUUACUGGCUCAUACUCCUGGUGCUCUACCUGGCCAUAGUGGCCAAGCGCUGUAACAAAAGAGAGGAACAGUAUCACCUAUCCUAUGCCGAAGCCUAGCAUGGUCUCUCCAAAAAGAUCUCUACCUGCUGUCAGGGCUCAUUUGAAAUGGCCCCGUCCUGACCUGGUGCUGCAAUCCUGGUUAUAAUUAUGGAUCAUGUGUAAGUCCAAGAAUAUUGGUUGUUAGAUGGUUAUUUUUUAGCUAUGUUAGCUAAGUUGUUAGCUAUGGUUACUUGAGAAGUUUCAAACCAUGGGGUUUUUAUGAGAGACAUAAUUUACAUAAGCUGAAAUCAGGAAUGGUGCUUCUCGUGAUUAUAAAGCACACAAUAAGGAGGCAGCCGACCAGCCAAGGUGGGAACAAUAGUUGAGCCAAAGGUUAGUGUGAGUAAGUUAAUGUAAUUAAGCUGACACACUCAUAUUAGGUUAAUGGUUUAUUUUGGUGCUCAGACUUAUAACUCUAUAUAAUGUGAACUGUCGAGGAUAGAGUGGUGUGUGCCAACACUUGAGGAAACCUGCUAAGACACUAAGCUUGCCAAACCCAGUCAGUAUUUUAAUGUCCUUUAUCUGACAAUCCAGCAUAAUUCUGUUUUCAUCAUUGUGGUGCUGCCCAUACUUUUGUGGGGUAACAUGAUAGACAGAACCAACAGUAUUUAAAUGAGAAUUUUUUUGGUUCUCCACAAAGAUUUACUACAAUUAUACAUGUUUACAGUUCAAGAAUAUCAAGUAAUAUCCAGUUCCAUUGAAAAGGAUAGUGUCAGGCAACCAAAGAGGAUUUUCUAGAGCAUCUAGAAUGUUUUACUCCAGCGUGUUUGGUAAAAAAAAAAAAAAUGGAGGAAAGAUUGGUCUCCUAUUUUAUUCCCAUUUUUACCUAUAAAACAAACCUGGUAGAAGUAUAUGAUCAAAUUAUUUGUUUUAAUUUCAUUAUAGGUGGUGAAACCAGACAUAACUAACAUGGACAGGACAUGGACUAAAAUUAUAAUUUUUUUCCCUCAGUCUUGAGAACUUCAAAGCAUAAACAGUGUUACAUUACACAAAAAAAGAAUAUCCAGUUAUACUGCCUGAAACUUUACACAUGACAUUUUUUGUUUAUAGACUUUGAAUAGUUUUCUAAUAGUUAUUUUCUGUUGAGGUUUAUAAUUUAAUAACAUUUCUUUCAUGCUUCAUUUACCUGUUGAGAUCAUUUUUAACAUAAGAGGCAUGUGGACUUAAAAAUGUACUGCUUUUUCUCACCCCAUACUGAUUAUUGAUAAAAAAAAAAAAGUAUGUUAGCUAAUUCUGCAUGUUACAGGAUCUGACCACCUUUGCAAAUUCUUACGACCUUUUCCUGUAAUAUAUAAACUUACUAUAUUAUUCCCAUUAGUUUAAUUAAGAUGCUCAGUUACCUAGAGAGACAAAUACAAAAAAAGUGAACUGAAGUAACUUAUUUAUGGUAUGCAAAGUUAGUGGUUUUGAAGAUUACUAUAUAUGAAUCAAAGGUGUACAGUGGACUGUUUUUCCACCCUCAGCCCACCCAUGCAACAAUUAGUAGAUUUACUUCAGUAGCAUUUCACCAUGAAUGCGAACGCUAACUUUUUCUGCUCCCUUCCCCCCAAAACACACAUUAAACUCUGGCAGAGACCUAAACACUGAGGCUAGUGUGCAUAUGUGUGCAAGUUUAGAAAGAAGCUUUGAGUUUAUGAAACACUUUUGCUUGUGCAUUACAUGUGAUAAGGGUGUCUUAACAGUGAACUGCUGUGGACUGCAGUGUCCUUUAAGGCUGCAAAUAUAAGAUGAUGACUGAUGACACAAUGCAAUUAUGAAACCAGAGCCAUAUCAUGUUUACAGUCAAACUUGGAAUUGCAUUGUUCACAUCUGUGUGUUUUUCAGAUUUUAUGCCAUUCAGUUGUAGACUGGGUGCCAAACUUUUAAGACUGAUAUGCUCCUCAGGAACAGAGUGCGGGGCUUCAAAUGAGACAUUGACAAAUUGGGAUUAAGCGAUAGAAGCAGAGCCACAUUUACAGUGGGGAAAAAAGUUUUGCUCUGCUGUCUGCCAAACACAGCCUAUUAAUAUGUAGAUGAAUAAUUUUAAUUUGUCAGUGAAAACUAGGUCAUACAUUCUUUCAAGUUCAUUGUAAAGUAAUAUAUAUUUUUGUAAUGUAAAAUUCAAAGAUAUUUUAAACAUGCAAGAAUCCUGAUGCAUUUUCCUAGGAAACUUUAUUUUAUGGAAAACAUGUUAAGUUAUUUUCAUAAAAAUGUACGGAUUAGAGAAUAAUAAAUUAUUCACAAUCCAUAAUAGAAGAGGUUAAGUGUUUUUUAACCAAAAUGCACAGUUGUUUUUCAGAUCGCCACUGGCAGCUUACGUCUACUCACAUAAUAAAAUAUUCAAGUGUUGAUAAAACACCACCAUUUAGUCUGUGUGUGUCACAGCUAACCUGUAUUUCCACAAUGUACAAUACCUAGAAAUGGCCAUCAUGGUCUUUUUAAUCUCACGUGAACUUUACAUAUUAUGUUUUAUGUAUUUAUGUACAUGCAAAAGAAGCUGGAUUCUUUAAAUUUGGACAUUUCCCAUGUAAUUAUUUUUGCAAACACUUGUAACUGAUGUUUUGAUACAAUAAACUUCCAUUCAACAGUGAGCAUUUUCUUUCUUUUCUGAUUUUCAAAUUCACAUUAGGCCCAUUACUUAGAAUAUUUAUAUUUGUUGAAUGUUAUUGUCAAUUACUCAUUCCUGACAACAAUGUACAGAGAUACUAAUCCACCAUUCAAAAAAACAUU